AUGUGCAAACAUGCUCCCUCACAGCAACUCUCCCCACCUUCUCUCGCUCACCAUGAUGACCAUCUUUUGCUCCCUUCCUUCUACAUCUCUGCAGAACAACCACGUCUCGCCAUUCUGUGGGCCGAUCUCAAUAUCGCGUUUCGCGGUAGGGCGCAGAUGCGCUUAUCAUCGACUGUCACCGUGGGACACGCCAAGGAUAGCUGGAAUCUCCACAUUGAGGAUGCUGGGGUCCCUCCCACAAUGACUGCGACGUCCUCGUGGGUUUUUUUGUCCUUUAUCGCAGCAGUACUCUUCCUAGAGGUGCGCCCGGCAGCAAUUCGCCGCGUGCGAGCAUCGGCAGAGCCCAAUGCGUGCGUGAUUGCGGAUGAUGUGGACAGAUCUGUGCACACUCGCCGGCUGUGGCCUCUGCUGGUGGCCGUGUGGACGUGCGCGCUUUACGACGUGGUGCACCGAACCUCCAGCUACUGUGUGCUAUCGGCCCACAUGCUCGCGCGGCGUCGAUUGCUGCCGCUGGGUAACGACUUUGUGUGGGAUGGACUGUGGACGGAGUGGGUGAACUCGGUGCGCUUCUACGUCUUCUGUGUACCCUCCGCGACCACAUCUGCGGCGCCAUCACUCACAUCAUGCGCAGACUGGAAGCUUCCUCUGGCUGGCACACUGGCCUAUGACCAGUACCCAGAGUACGCGGCGUUAAACGUGAGUAGCCCAGCUACCCCAUCUGAGGUGAGGCUCUACCAUAAGGUGUGUCUUGCCUCGCUUGCGAUCACUUGGGUGGCGGUGGUGGCUCUGCACGGGCAAUACGCACUCCUGCGUCGUCUCUUCGGCAGCGCCGCGUCGUCGGGCGCGACGAGGUCCAGCAAACUUGUCACUGAUGAGCUAGCGCUCGCGCGGGACGGGCAGGCAAUGUGCACACACGACCUCACCACGGCAAUUGGGGCCACGGAGGCCCCAGGUGAUGAUUCUUGGGUGGACAGCCCCGAGGCUAUCGCCGAGGAGGCACGGUGGCGACAGCAAGACGAGCACCUGGGCCUCCAGCGGGGGUCUGCUCAUCCAAUGGGCGUGUCUGCGGACGCUCCUGCUUCGCCUACCUCGCAUCUUGUGUGGCAGUGCUGGCCAUCCCUUGCGACCGCCGUCUACGCGACACUCUACGCCUAUGUUGGGGGACUGCCACUCUUCAUGAUCUUCCUCUUUCCUGUCGCCAUUUUGAUUGUCAUGACUGUGCUGGUCACAAUGUAG